UAUUAGCCAAUUUCACAAGCUUUAACACUUCCAUUGAUGGAAAUGGAUUUGAAUGCUCAAGUGAAGAAGGCAUGUUUCUUGCAAAGGCUUAAGGAUUUCCCUAGCAAGCUCAAAGACGGUGUCACCAAGCGCAUAAAGCAUGUGCAAAAGUUUGGGAAAGAUGACCCAAGAAGGAUCAUACAUUCCAUAAAAGUGGGACUUUCUCUCACAUUAGUUUCAAUGUUGUACUAUGUAAGGCCACUCUAUAAUAGCUUUGGGGUUUCGGGUAUGUGGGCAAUACUAACCGUAGUCGUGGUCUCCGAGUUCACUGUUGGUGGGACACUUUCAAAAGGUUUAAACAGAGCUUUCGCAACAUUAAUAGCCGGUGCCUUAGGGGUUGGUGCA